AUGCACAGUACAACAUCCACAGAUACCCAGAUCAAUAUUCCCAAAGCUUGCUUGGUAGAGGAAAUUCUCACCACCGAGGAAGCUGCGAAGCAGCUAACCGCACAUCCAGAAGCAUCCCCGACGCCCGUUGAGCUGCAGCAGUGGCUUGCCGGCCUCUGGACCCUCGUUAACGACACCGCGGUAUAUUUACUAUCCUCACAGCCCAAAGUAAUCGCCAUCUUACAGACAAUCCGAACAUUCCCUAAAAUCGACGAGCCGAGGGGCGACGACGAGGAUGUUUUUGACUUCCACGACGGGUUUAUCUGGCGCGAACUUACAGACUGGGCAGACAAUUUCAAUCACCACGCCUCCAAUUACUUCCUUAAAGCAUGUAGAAGCAAUGAAGAGAAAGCCGCUCGCAGAGAAGCCUGGAUCGGCGCAAAUGCCUACACAGCCCGUCUCGCCGCGACGGGCGACGAGCCGCUAUCCUCAUAUGGGGUGGGGCUUGAUCGAGCCAGUACCACUUUUGUGGAUGCGUUGGAGUUCGAACACGAGCCUAAGAGCGAGCAAUGUGCUGCGCAGUUGUUCAGUUACGCGGCGGGUGAAUUAUAUCGGCGCUGCAAGGAUGGGUAUUCGGAGCCUCUUAGAUCGAUAAGCACGAGGGAGUCGAAAGUGAGAGCGCUUUGGCACGAUGUCAACGAAGAUGAGGGAUAUUUAGAGGAGUGGUGGAGAUUCUGGAUGGAGAGAUGGGGUGCUAUAUCAACCGGAGGUGGGCAGGGUUUGUCUGAGGAAGCUCGCGCAGCGGCGAAAAAGGCGCUGGAUGCCAUGGAGGGGGUUGAGAGCUGACUGUAUGCAAAGUUCACUGAAUUAUUAGAGCAGGAUAACCUUCAGAGUCAGUGCUGUGACAACCCUUGUCUAAUGUUCCGUGUAACUAAUGUCUUAGUAGCAGGUUGAGCACCAUCAUAUAAUGACAUAAGGAAGGUGUUGCAGGAUACAAUCUUGAAAGAUAUGAACAAAGUGUUUGUAUGCAUUGGCCACGCUACAUGGACAUAUCAAUGAGUGACCUAAAAGGGUCACUGCGAGAAAAUUGCCUUGGGCAACCAG